AUGGCAGAACAUAAAGUCUUAUCGGAAGGUCUCUCAAUAUUCAGCAAAGUGGUGGGAUGGUCCUAUUUUGCAGCAUGGUCUCUAUCUUUUUAUCCACAGGUUUUUCUGAACUGGUGGACAAAGAGUGUUGUUGGAUUGAGUUUUGAUUUUUUAAUGUUGAACAUUAUUGGUCACUCAUCAUACAUGGUUUUUAACAGCGUUCUGUUUUGGAAUCCUGAAUUGGAACAACAAUACCGAAUUUAUCAUGGAAAAGCGGAUGUGCAAAUUAAUGAUGUUGUCUUUAGUAUUCAUGCAGUGACAUUGACAGCGAUCACUAUUUUUCAAACCUUAAUUUAUGAACGAGGAGGUCAAACUCUUUCAGUUUUGGCUAGGUCUAUAGCACUCACAAUCAUGCUGUCGAUUUGUGUGGCUGUAUUUUUGGCUCUUGGCCAUAGAAUCAUGUGGGUGGAUUUUUUGAAAUAUUUAGGAAUUGUGAAAUUGACUAUUACGACUAUUAAGUAUGUGCCGCAAGCAUUCAUCAACUGGAAGAGAAAGCUAACAGUUGGUUGGAGUAUUGGCAACAUCUUAUUAGACUUUUCUGGUGGAGUUCUCUCAAUAUUUCAAAUGGUAAUUGAUGGAAUCAACACAGGUGACUGGAGCCCAUUCUAUGGUGACUUUGUAAAAACUGGACUUGGAUUUUUAUCCAUUGGAUUUGACAUCGUAUUUAUAGUUCAACACUACAUCUUGUACAGGAAAAACAAUCAAAAGUAUUAUGCAGAACUGAAAAAACAGCCAUCCGUAUGGGCUGAUGUUUGGGCAACCCUUAGCACCAAGUUUAAAUUUUUGAGAUUCCGAAGGAAAGAUGCUUAUUCUGUUCUUGAAGAAGAAGUCCAUCCCGAGAGUAAAACGGUCGAUGAAUCUAAUCCACUCAUUUCUGAUGGAGUCUAUUACGACAACAAGACAUCCAUGAAUAUUCAAAUCCGACUCUAA